CUUUUUUUAAACACUACAGGUAUUCGUUACAGCACUGAUGUGAGUGUAGAUGAAGUGAAAGCUUUGGCUUCUCUGAUGACAUAUAAGUGCGCAGUGGUUGAUGUGCCAUUUGGGGGUGCCAAAGCUGGUGUUAAGAUCAACCCCAAGAACUAUUCCGAUAAUGAGUUGGAAAAGAUCACAAGGAGGUUCACCAUGGAAUUGGCAAAGAAGGGCUUUAUUGGUCCGGGCAUUGACGUGCCUGCCCCAGACAUGAGUACGGGUGAGCGAGAGAUGUCCUGGAUUGCGGACACCUAUGCUAGCACCAUCGGGCACUAUGAUAUUAAUGCCCAUGCCUGUGUCACUGGCAAGCCCAUCAGUCAAGGUGGGAUCCACGGACGGAUCUCUGCUACUGGCCGAGGAGUUUUCCAUGGAAUCGAAAACUUCAUCAAUGAAGCCUCUUACAUGAGCAUUUUAGGAAUGACACCAGGGUUUGGAGAUAAAACAUUUGUUGUUCAGGGAUUUGGUAAUGUGGGCCUGCACUCUAUGAGAUAUUUGCAUCGCUUUGGUGCUAAAUGCGUUGGUGUUGGUGAAUCUGAUGGGAGUAUAUGGAAUCCAGAUGGCAUUGACCCAAAGGAACUGGAAGACUUCAAAUUGCAACAUGGAUCAAUCCUGGGUUUCCCCAAGGCAAAGGUUUAUGAUGGGAGCAUCUUAGAGGCCGACUGUGACAUACUGAUCCCUGCUGCCAGUGAGAAGCAGCUGACCAAGUCCAAUGCACCCAGAAUCAAAGCCAAGAUCAUCGCUGAAGGUGCCAAUGGGCCAACAACUCCAGAAGCGGAUAAGAUUUUCCUGGAGCGGAACAUCAUGGUUAUUCCAGAUCUCUACCUGAAUGCCGGGGGAGUUACAGUGUCUUACUUUGAGUGGCUGAAGAACCUAAAUCAUGUCAGCUAUGGCCGUUUGACCUUCAAAUAUGAAAGGGAUUCUAACUACCACUUGCUCAUGUCGGUUCAGGAGAGUUUGGAAAGGAAAUUUGGGAAGCAUGGUGGAACUAUUCCUGUUGUGCCCACAUCAGAGUUCCAAGACAGGAUAUCGGGGGCGUCUGAGAAAGACAUCGUGCACUCUGGCUUAGCCUACACCAUGGAGCGCUCAGCCAGGCAAAUCAUGCGCACAGCCAUGAAAUAUAACCUGGGAUUGGACCUGAGAACAGCUGCCUACGUCAAUGCCAUUGAGAAAGUCUUCAAGGUGUACAAUGAAGCCGGUUUGACCUUCACAUAGAUGGAUUGCCGCUGACUCCUUUACUACCCUCUUCACCUCUUCAUCGUAGACCUAUCACAAGUUUACAUGUAACCACACAUCUUUCUCUCAUUGCUUAUUAGACCGUGGACAACAUUCUCAUAGGUUGAUUCAAAUGAGACCCUUAAGAAAAGAGAAAUUAAGGUUAGGGAAUCAUGUGCAAAACUAAAAGUAGAUGCCAGAGAGCCAUUUGGGUGUAUCAGCAAAAGAGCUCAAUUCUAUAGAUUACAAACAAAAAUAAAUGCUGUUUCUCUUUAUGCAUUUUAUUCUUUUAGAAUAAAACAAGUACAUGCUGCUGUAAUAAAAUUGCCUUUAAUCACUUACUAAGCCUAAUCUUGACUAAGCAGUGAAUGCCUAUAAACAUAAUGAAUGAAAAAGCUAGUAUUUUUAUAACAUAACACAGUAUCAUUUAUAGCUUAUCAAUAGUAUGUUGUCCAACAAAACAAAAAGCCCAAUGGAGAGCUAGUUAUCUUCUUUCCUAUCAUUGCAUAGCAAAUGAUGGCACCUAUUUCUGUUGUGUGAGACUGUCAGAAUUUAUUAACCACAUUGAUGACAUAUAGUCCAAAGAAUGUAGUAACCUCCUCAUGUUAAUUAAUUGCUCUUCUCUUUUCAAAGUCUAUUGUGUUGCCUGAUUGAACAAUAAUUCAAAUAGAGUGUCCCAGAAAAAAAACCACUUGGGCUCCCUCUUUGGAGUCUGGCUGGCAGCUCUGAGCAUUGCCAAUAAUAGCCCAACUCACCCUGACUUUGUAUCCCCUUCCAGGGGCCUCCCCUUCGGCACAGCUUCAACAGCGGCCUGGAGACAGCCUGGGGUUGGCGGUUGUGUUUUGCCAGGGCCUUUUGAAUAGUAGGGUCCCAAUGAAGUGCUAGAUAUUAUUUAUGUAAGAAUGAGCUUUUUCUUUUUUUAACAAUAAUAUCCUUUCAGAAAUUUCUAACUACUUUGUAACUGCAUGACUUAACCUGGUGAUAAAAGCAGUUAUUAAAAGUCUACCUUUUCCAAA